UCACAUUUUAUGGAAACCUGUUGUGAUUGCGCAGCUGGCUGAACAGGUGCACACCAGUCUGGAGUUCUAGCUGCUGGAGGGAGGAGACAGAGGAGGGCUGUAUAAAAGAAGGAGAAGACGGCAGCAAUAGCACAGAACUGUACUGGACAUCUAAAGGGUAAACGGUGGACACAGACCAAAGUAUCAGAACUGAAGAACUUCAUCAUAACUGGGCCACAAUGGAAGCAGAGAAGAAAACUCAGACAACAGCAGCACAGAUGACUGACAGAGAUCUGUCCGAACAAAUCAAAAAGGUGACUAAGGAUAGUCACGUCAGAGCAGAGAACACAGAACUGAUGCUGAGCUUCCAGAGGGGACAAGUCACACUCGCACAAUAUAAGCUCCUCCUCUGCUCACUGCAUGAAAUCUACCAGGCCCUGGAGGAAGAGAUGGACAGGAACUUCACCCACCCUGCUGUUGCACCCAUUUACUUCCCUACUGAACUGGCCAGACUGGAGUCCAUUGAGAAAGACCUGGAAUACUUCUAUGGCCAGGACUGGAGAGAGAAGAUUGUUGUCCCUGCAGCCACUAAAAGAUACGCCCACAGACUCAGACAGAUUGGUAAAGAAAACCCAGAAUUUCUGCUUGCCCAUGCUUACACCCGGUACCUAGGUGACCUGUCUGGAGGUCAGGUCUUGGGUCGAAUCGCUCAGAAGUCCAUGGGGCUGAAGAGCAGCGAGGGUCUGCUGUUCUUUACCUUCCCUGGUGUGUCCAGCCCCAACCUGUUCAAACAGCUCUACCGCAGCCGGAUGAACAGUGUGGAGCUGACAGAGGAGGAGAGGAACGCCGUGCUGGAGGAGGCCGUCAGAGCCUUCGAGUUUAACAUUCAGGUCUUUGAGGACUUACAGAAGAUGCUGAGUGUCUCUGAAAACCAGCUGCAAAAUAGUUCAACACACUCCAAAUCAGCAAAGGUACUCCAGUUCACAGGAACCACUAUCAAGGCUUCCCCACUGCUCAGGGUGAUCCUGGGGCUCUUUGUGGCUCUGGCUACUGUCACUAUGGGAAUCUACGUUUUAUAGACACCACGCACACAAGAGGAAAUACUAUGUGUUGGUCCUUUACUUUUAUACUGUAAAGCUAUUAAAACCCCUACCUGAUUGUAAACCUGCAAGAUUUUAACUGUCUAUAAAUAAACUGUAAUAUUUUUAUAAUUUAACAGAGAACCACAUUUUAUGUACAUUGUAAUGUGUGUGUGUGUGAGUUCUACAUUU